UAUCUACACUCGUUAUCUCCUUCGUCGUCUUCUCCUCCACUCCCCGACACCGCCGCAUCACUUCCCGCCAUGCCGCCACCGCCACCGCAGCGGCCAGCUCCCUCCCGCGCCGGCCGCGUCAACCUCUUCUCCGCCCCGCCUCCUCCACUCUCCAACCGCCGGUACCCCCAGCACCGGUCCCUUCCCCUCCCGCCAGUCCCCCCUCGCCGCCGACACCCCAAGAACCACGCCGAGCAGCCUUCCGAAGACCAGGAGCCGACAGACGGCGGUCCAAGAGCGACCACCACCACCAACAACCCCGCCUUCCGCGCGACCCACCUCCGCACCGCGUACCGCAAGCCCGUGCCCCCGGUCGCGGCCGCCGGCGAGGGCGAGGCCCUCCUCGCCGCCGACCCUGCCGAUGCCGCCUCGGGGCGCGCCGUCGUUGUGGGGCCCUCGGGCCUCUCCUUCCGCCUACCCGGCGCGCCGUUCGACUUCCAGUUCAGCUACUCCGAGGCGCCGCGCGCGCCGCCGCUCGCCAUCCGCGAGCCCGCGUUCCUGCCCUUCGCGCCGCCGACCAUGCCGCGGCCUUGGACGGGCAAGGCGCCGCUGCUGACCAAGGAGGAGAAGGCGCGCCGCCGGGGCGUGCGGCUGCACACGCCGCUCGGGCAGGAGCCGGCGCAGACGGUGAGCCCGCACGGGAUCAUGAUGGAGGUCAGGGGGAGGAGGCAGAUGGACCUGGCAAGGGUGAGCCCCGGCGACGGCAGGACUAGAGAUGAGGUGCUCGGCGAGCCGCUCACCCCCGCCGAGGUGCGUGCGCUCGUCAAGCCUCACAUCUCGCACAACCGACAGCUCAACAUUGGAAGAGAUGGCUUGACUCACAACAUGUUGGAAAUGAUACAUUGUCAUUGGAGGCGGCAGGAAGUCUGCAAAGUUAGAUGCCGAGGCGUUCCAACUGUUGAUAUGAACAAUCUCUGUUAUCACCUUGAGGAAAAGUCAGGAGGAAAGGUCAUUCACCGAGUAGGUGGCGUUGUUUUUCUAUAUCGAGGAAGACAUUAUGACCCACGGACUCGUCCUCGCUAUCCCCUGAUGCUCUGGAAACCUGCUACUCCUGUAUAUCCAAAACUCAUCAAGGAAGCUCCAGAAGGGCUUACAAAAGAAGAAGCAGAUGAAAUGAGAAGCAAAGGGCGGAAUCUGCCGCCAAUUUGUAAACUAGCAAAAAAUGGAAUAUAUAUCACUCUUGUCAAGGAUGUGCGAGAUGCUUUUGAAGGAAAUGACCUGGUGAAGAUUGAUUGUGAGGGUUUGAAUCCAAGCGACUACAAAAAGAUAGGAGCAAAACUAAGGGAUCUUGUUCCCUGUGUUCUUUUAUCAUUCGAUAAUGAACAGAUAUUAAUGUACAGAGGCAAAGAAUGGAAAUCCAGAUACUCGAAGCCUCUGACUCUCAUUCCAAAAGUUCCAAAGAAUAAUCCGACACCAAAAGUUCCAAAGAAUAAUCCGACAAUGUCUUCUGAUGCAAGUGGUUCAGAUGUCAAUGAAGCCACUGAUGCCAACACUCAAUUCACAGUAAGAGAAGUAUUGAGGCCCAAAAUGUUUAAAUUGUGGGAGAGUGCAGUGGACUCGUCUCUGGCAUUGCUGCUGGAUGAUGCCGAAGCAAAUGAUCUGACACCCGAUUCACUCCUGACGAGGGUUGAGGAGUUCAGCGUCACAUCUCAGGCAGUGGAGCACUCAUUUCCAGCUCUGCUUGUGGCCAAUUGUGAGGUGAACACCGAAUCUCCAAGUGCAGAAUACAUAAACGAUGAGUCUGAAACAAGCAUUGCUGGAAACCAAGAGGAACAGCUUGAGCAAUCACCUGAUCUCAGCAGCGAUGAACACUUUGAACUCGACAUGCUUGAGCGUCUGGAGUCAUCGGUGCCAUUGGGAUCCCUGCCGAUCGACACUAUGAUAGAGCAGCUGAACAGUGAGUGAACUGGAAUAGCAGUCCAGUACGUUGGGGGUUAACUGCUGAUGAUCAAAUUGCAUUCUUGGAUUGUAUAAGCAUUCUGUGCUCCAAUCGCAGUCCGUUUCCAGAGAAUUUUCAGCGAUUCGCCAGCCAAUAUGAUGUAAAGGAAUUAACUUUAGCCGUGUGGCGUGCGUAUGCACCACUUGUAAAGAACCGGCUGCACCUACCAUCAUCACCAUCAAUAAUGAAUGACAAUGACAAAUCUGUGAUUUGUCUCAACUGUGCAAUUGUGUGACAAAUU